AUGAGGAUGUGGGAGUUUAGAGGAAGAGAUGAGGAAAAUGAGAUUAGGCACCUUGAUCUUGUGCUUAUUGAUCGAAAGGGUUAUUCAAUGUAUGCUGAAAUACCACCAGAUGCAAUACCACUGCUGCAACCAAAUCUACAAGAAGGGAAAAUUGUUUAUAUGACAAAGAUAACAAUCCACAAUGCAAAAUCAGGAUACAGGCCUGUUGAAAGCCCUUACAUGAUCAGGCUCAACAUAAGAACACAUAUCGCCCAACUUCAAGAUGAGCCAUCAAACUUUCCAAAAUAUACAUUCUCAUUAACCUUACCAACUAUACCUGAUCAAGCUGUAAAGAAAAUCGACCUUCAGAGUGCAGAUCAUAUCGAAAAACACAUUGAGCAGACCACAUACCUACAACUUAAAGAUAUUGAUCCUUUCGUGAAACUGGGACAAAGAUAUGAAUGCACAGUUACAAUUACUGGUCUGGCAGAGAGGCAAUCUUGGUACAAGAUACCUCUUAUUGGAACUGAUAACACCUACAGUAUGGAAUUCAUGCUUUUUCAGCAAAGAGCAUUGCAGCUAAUUGGAAAAUCUGUAGACAAACUCUUGAAUGAUUCUGGUAAAAAUGAAACACCACCGGAGAUAACUUCAUUGGUCAGGCAAAACUUCACUUUCAUUAUCAGAGUUUUGUCCAACAAGAGCAUCCAAAAGAGAGAUCCAUCGUUCGAAGUCCUUAUGAUCAAACAAAGGUUUGGCAGACAAGCUAAUAUACCAGCAUUCAACAAGGAGGAAAACCUCGGUACUAAUUCAACCUCAACUUUCGAGCUUGCUAAUUUACCACCUUUGGUCCCUAUAGCAACAAAGAAAUCGGAGAUACAACACUCAUCUUUUGAGUCCCAGCUACCAGAAGAUAUCCAAUAUGGUAGGAGGUUGAAUCCCGAUCUUCCGAGAGGUACGGACAUGGGCUGA